AUGCCGAAAUCUAGACCACAGUGCUUCACUGCCGGUCGGCUCAGCCAUCGACACCAUCUCUAUGCGUUAUCUCCCUCGCUUUCCUCCUCUUUCGCUUCUUCUUUCAUUUUAAUUCUAAUUUUUCCACUUACCGGCGAAGGCUUAGGCCGCAGUAAAGCCGUCGUUUGUUUGCCGCCUGUGAGCGGCAGCUCCGCCCAUGAGAUGCCUUGGCAACAAGCUAAUCCCGACCAAACUUCAUAUCAGGUUGAAUUGGCAGAGGGAGUUCCACCAUUUGUGCAUAUCAGACAAAAUGAGUUUUGGGGAAUGAAACCCAAGAAGUUAAAGGAUGAGGAUAUUGUUGUUUGUGAAUGCAAGUAUGAUCCCUUUAGCCCUGAAAGUGCAUGUGGGGAAAGCUGUCUGAAUGUGCUAACCAAUACAGAGUGCACACCAGGAUACUGCCCUUGCGGUGAGCACUGCAGUAAUCAGAAAUUUCAGAAAUGUGAAUAUGCAGAGACUAAGUUGUUUAAAACCGAAGGGCGUGGUUGGGGUCUUGUAGCUAAUCAGAAAAUAAAGGCUGGACAAUUCAUUAUAGAAUACUGUGGAGAAGUAAUUUCAUCGGAAGUAGCCAAGCAAAGAUCCCAAACCUAUGAAGCUCAAGGUCUUACGGAUGCAUAUAUUAUAUCUCUGAAUGCAAAUCAUUUCAUUGAUGCGACAAAGAAAGGAAGCCUUGCGAGAUUCAUAAAUCAUUCAUGUCAACCAAAUUGUGAGACAAGAAAGUGGACAGUGUUGGGAGAGACGAGAGUUGGAAUAUUUGCUAAGGAAGAUAUUGCUUGUGGAACUGAACUGGCUUAUGACUAUAACUUCGAAUGGUACGGAGGUGUCACUGUCCGGUGUCUCUGUGGGGCAGCUAAUUGUUCUUUAUUUCUUGGUGCAAAGUCUCAUGGUUUCCAGCAAGACCUGGAUUAUUACAUUUUCACGUGGUAUUUGUAUUGCAGAUACACAGUUGAAAAUAUCCCACUCUAUGAUUCUGCUGAGGAUGAACCUUUUCCAAGGCCUGAUUUCACGAUGAUCACUGUCAAACACGAAUCAACGGUGAAUGACCCCUCUUUAAUGGAAAAUGGUGGUGGAUCACUAGUCAAGUUUGAGGCUGCUUCUGUCACGCAAUCUAAUUACUCAGUUAGUCCGCCUAUGUCAGCAAAACCAGUGGCUGCCGAGAGGAACAAAGCUACAGACCUUAGUGUGGGGGACAAAGGACAGGUGUUUUCUCAAACAAAUUCAAUGAUAUCUCGUAUCCGAAGUAAUAGUGCCUGCCGGAAUUAUAACAUUGGACCAAACACUUCCUCUAAGAAAAGAUCCCAGAAAAAAUUGAAGCCAAGAACGAAGACAUUUGGCAGGAAACAAGUCAGUUACAAACCUGUUGUUGAACUUUUUGCAUCAAAGAAAGCACGAGAAGAAAUAAUGAGAUAUGAGGAGCUUAAAAAUGAAGCCACCAGUGUGCUGAACUCCUUGUAUGACGAGAUUCGUCCUGCCAUAGAGGAACACGAGAGAGAUAGCCAGGAUAGUGUGUCGACCAGUGUGGCUGAGAAGUGGAUACAAGCAACCUGCUCCAAGUGGAAAGCGGAGUUCGAUUUUCACUUUUCCAUAGUGAAAAAUGUCUUGUGCCCUCCCAAUGAGGAAGCUAACCCUUCUGGAAGUGGCGAACAUCUUGUCCAGAAUGAAAUCAAGUAUUUGACACAUUAA